CCUCCAUCACGACGUCGGUCCAAGCUGGCGUCGAAGAAAAACAACAUCUCUUCCUCCGUCUCUUCUUUGUGUUAUUUGCCAUGGUUGACUUGGCGUCUUCAAUGUUUUAAUAAUCCCCAGUUCUAUCAUUGCUUUUCCUUUAUCCAUCUAGUUUUGUCUUUGUGAUACAGUGAACCCGGCGUUCUUGGUCAUCUGGUUCACCCCCGCUACCACGGAUAAACCAUCAAAACACCGACGACACUCGAUCCUUUGAUCCCCCGAGUCAACAACCGCAUCCCCGGUAUUCGAAAAAAAAAAUGGCCGUCUUUGUAGAUCUCGAAGACGAAGAUGUCGACCCUGGCCAGGUUCAGCCUUCCCAUCAUGGCCUCAACCUGCCGGCUAGGAAUGGUGCUGGAACGGGCAUCGUCACCGACAUCGGCCGGACCAAAAUGGAGGGCGUGGGCAGCGUGAACACUGAGAAACAUCGCGAGGAGGCUCACGAGCCCGCUGUCAGGGAGAAUCCAAACCAGAACUCCAUGACACUGGCUUUGGGAUGCUAUCCUAUCGUCAUGUCUUUGGCUGCCUCCAUUGACUUGAACACGCUCGAUAACCUGUCGCGAACCUGCCGGCAAAUAAGGGGGAACCUCCUGCAGUACCGCAAGAUGCUCCUUGUUUCUACCUUGCAUUGCUCCAAUGAACACCUUCCUAUCGAUCCCGAUGCGGUGCUGCGAUAUCGCGCUCGUACCGUCAACUGGUUUUACAUGCAAGAGCUGGGACGAUCCAAUAAGCCUUGCAAGGUCGGGCAAUGCGCUCGCGAUCUGGUUGGAGGGUGUCGCCGUUGCGGUACUGUCGUUUGUCGGAAUUGUGCCAUUAAACCUCCGGCCCCGAUUGUGCUCCGCGACCGCCACCGCCGGCUGUGCGUAACAUGCGCAAAGACGCCCAUAGGGAAUCUCACAAAGCCACCUCUCGGCCGUGGGUUUUCCGUUGAAUCGGAUGAUGUGCAAAGAGCCAUCUGCAGAUGUGACACAGAUGGAGUCUGGCUUUGCCAGCCAUGUGGGAAAACAAUACGCAACGAUGAUUACGACUACAAGAGCAUCUGGAGAUGGCGAAACCAAUACACCGAUGUCCUCGGGGGUCUCGGCACAGGCAUCGGCGAAGGCGAUCGUGGCGUUAUUUGCGGACGCGGGAGUGACUGCUGUGCUGCCCGGAAGCGGGAACAGGAGAUCGACUGUGAUGCCGAAGAUGCUCAAGAAGCCGACGGUUCCUAUGUGUACACUCCGUCUCCCUCCACCACCACUGUCUCGAAUGAUUCCAACAUCUUCAUGGCUCUGUGGGGCACCGAUACUGCCAGCACCACAAGUAGUAACGGAAGUGUGAAUGGUAGCAACGCCUCCUCGUCAUCGCAGACGGGUGGUCUUGGUUCUACCUUGGCCGGGCCCAGCCUCGAGCGCAGGACCCCUAGUCCUAUGCUGAAGCCUGGCUAUGACAGGCAUGAAAUCGAGGGAAUCGGUGGUGUGGUCAAGAAGAAGCUGGUCCGCAUGGUCAAGGUCGGGGCUUGCGUCCCUGAGUGGCCUGACGAGCGGGAUCGAGGCGAUAUCCUUGGACGGGAGAUGCAGGCCAAAGUAAGGAGUUGGUGUGGCUGGUGUUGGAGAGUGAUUCCCGGAAAGCUGGACUAUGAAUUCGCCAGACAGGAAACGAGGAGUAAGGCGCUUGAGGAAAAAUAGGAAGAGAGGGUAAUAAGGGCAUAGGCGUCAUGAUAAUUUGGACGGCAGUCGUAAUCGUCGCUCGCUGAGGUUUUGUUUUGGUUUACUCUAAAAGGAGGAGUGUGAUGGUUUUUGGGAGUAAAUUAGAGGAAGGGACAUUGAGAUUGUAACUUACGGGGUGCCAUGGAUUUUGGAUAGCGUUACUAGCUUCUAGCCACCCAAAAGUACAAUAUUCCGUGUGCUUCUGAGCGGAGGGAUAAGGAGCCCAACCAAACCUUACCAUUAGUAUAAAAAUGCAGAGGCAGAGCGGAAAUCCAGAUUUUUGUUAUGGUUAAUA